AUGGUAGAAGAGUCGGGAGAAGAUGAGAUAAAUCGCAGUCAAGUGUGGAAGGAUGCCCGCGUCAAUAAGAAUGGGGUGAUUGAUAAUGAGAAUGUUCAAAGAGUUGUGGAUCAAUGUGUAAAGAAGUUAACAGAAGCUAUAACUGAAGAAGAGAGACAAGACCUUGGUCCUACGGACAUAUUAUUCGAGGCUCUAAAUCUCCCAAACUACUAUGGGCGUAUUAGGAGUUACGGUUUUGGGGUAUGUUCUAGGGACAUAUUUCCACGCCAAAUUCGCCCCACACAAAUGGACUUUCAAAGAUUGUAUGGCUUUUGCAACACACUCAAAAGUAGAUUGGAGGUGCUAGAGAGAGAGAAGCUGGAGAGAGAUAAGUUGGAUAGAGAGAAGAUAGAGAGGCAAAAAACCGAAGAAGUGGCCGAGAAAGAACAACCUAAACAAGUGUCAAAGAGCUUGCAACAGCCUGAAAAAGGGACACAGGGCUUGCAACAACUUGAAGAUGUGGCAGAGAGGCAACAACCUGAACAAGUGUCAAAGAGCUUGCAACAGCCUGAAAAAGGGACACAAAGGCAAGAGUUAAGUGAUAAAGGUUCUUGCAACCCUGGAUCAUUCGGUAAUAUUCCCGAGGUAAUUCAAAGCAGUUCAUAUAUGUUUGUUUUGUAA